UGUGUUUUGUGGCGGCCAUUUUGAAUUUUUAAUACGCGCGCGGUGUGCUAGUGCGAGGUCUGGAACCGAAAUUACGGAAAAUCGCUCGGAGCCUGCUCGGAGCUCUAAGAAAAUCUUGUCACUUUAUUAUCCUCGGUGAGCGAUCGGCUACCCCCGAGAAUUUGCGAAUUUUCCCGCCCGUCCCAGACUUCCGUAAUUUCGGCUCCAGACCUCGCACUAGCACACCGCGCGCGUAUUAAAAAUUCAAAAUGGCUGCCACAAAACACAAAACACGCGCGAUAAAGGUAGGUUCAUCUUUUAUUCAUGUUCUAAACGGAUGUGAGGGCUCCCUGUGCAUGGAGCUGUCACAUGAUUGUCACAGACAGGGUUCAGGCAAUAUAAAAACUGCCGCGAUGCUUGUGUUGCUGUUGGCGUGUUUUUCUUCUUUUCAAUUAAUUGCUGCGGGUAAAACCAAGAACGCUAGCCAGCCUCAUAUCAUAUUUAUACUUGCCGAUGAUUUGGGCUGGGAUGACGUGAGUUUUCAUGGCUCAGACCAAAUUCCAACUCCUAAUAUUGAUGAUCUAGCAAAUAAUGGUGUCAUCUUAAACAACUACUAUGUGUCGCCAAUCUGCACACCAAGUCGUAGUACCAUCAUGACUGGAAAAUAUCCAAUACAUACAGGAAUGCAGCAUGGGGUCAUCAUGGGUGGACAACCUUUUGGUGUAAGCCUAGAAGAGAAAUUGCUGCCUCAGUAUCUCAAGGAAAUGGGUUAUGCCACACAUGCUGUGGGAAAGUGGCAUCUUGGAUUUUUUAAAUAUGACUACACGCCGACUAAACGUGGAUUUGACUCAUUCCUUGGUUACUGGCUUGGGGCUGGAGACUACUGGGAUCACUCAGAGGCUGAGGGUGAAGGAUCACACAAUCCAUGGGGACUGGACCUGAGAAAUAACACAGAGCCUCUUCACAAUCAGUGGGGAAACUACCGCACGCACCUUUUCACAGACCAAGCUGUGAAUCUGAUCAAUUCACAUGAUACCUCCAAGCCAUUGUUCCUGUACUUGGCUCAUGAAGCAGUCCAUAGUGCACUGGCACACGAACCACUUGAAGCUCCUGAAGAUCUGAUUAAUAAGUUCAAGAAUAGCAUCCAUGAUGAGAACCGAAGAAGAUUUGCUGCAAUGGCUACUGCUCUGGAUCAAUCCAUCAAAAAGGUUGUGGAUGCUCUUAAAGCCCAAGAAAUGUAUGAAAACUCUAUAAUAGUGUUCAGCACUGACAAUGGUGGACCAGCUCAUGGUGUCAAUCGGAACACAGCUUGUAAUUAUCCACUGAGAGGAACCAAGUAUAGUCUGUGGGAAGGUGGUAUUCGAGGAACAUCCUUCAUCCACAGUCCCCUGUUAGCAUCUAAAGGCCAAGUGAGCAUGGACCUAAUGCAUUUGUCUGACUGGCUGCCAACGCUGUAUGGACGUGCAGGAGGGGAUGUUAACAACCUUGAUACAGAUGGGUACGAUAUGUGGCCUACACUUUCAGAGGGGCAAGCAUCUCCGAGGCAAGAACUGGUGCAUAACAUUGACCCAGUGACGUGGACGGCAGCUGUGCGUUAUCAGCAAUGGAAACUUUUGGUGAAUGAAAGCUUCGGUUUUGAUGGAUGGUACCCACCACCAGGUUUGGAGGAAGAUGCACAGCAUCCUCACAAUGUCUCUAGCACCCACCCUACCCUUAAAAAUGCUGUUGUUACAUGUGGACCACCUCCUUUCGAGCCAGCAAAAUGUGGCAUUGGGGACGGACCUUGUCUCUUCAACAUCGAGGAAGAUCCUUGCGAAUACUACAAUUUAGCACUGAUAGAGACAAACACGCUUGAUUUUAUGCUGGGGAUGCUGGAGGCACACAAGACAACCAUGGUACCAAUACGAAAUAAACCAUAUGAUGAGAAUGCCGACCCCAAAUAUCACGAGGGUGUAUGGACAGCAUGGUGUGAUGAAAAGCCAAAUGAGAACUGUGGGGAGUAGUGUGUCGAGCCUGAAAAAAUAUGCAUGCAACCUUAUUCCCAGGUUUCUCUAGAUCCAGUAACUGGAAACAAGGUUGGGAUAUUUUAUAUAAGCUAAUUAUAACAAUGGCCAUAGCUCUUUAAGUUGCAUUUUAUGUGGAGUUAACAAUGUAGUCCAAUACCAGGGCACAGGGGGGUUUGUAGUAAGCAACUAGUGAUGUUUUGAAAUUUAAUUGUACUAUAUUUCAUGUAGGUAACUUUCAUUUGUAUUUAGAGUAAGACACUGUAUUUUUGGGAACUUUUUGAAAUGUGUUUCAUGAAAACUUCAGUAUUUCACAGCAACUACUGUAUUUUCUCAAUUUAACGCCGGCUAUGAAAAUAAGCCUCUCAAAUGAUGCAUUUUAUGAGAAAAAUAUUGUGACAAAAAAAAAGUGAAUGAAACCGUUGCUUUUUAAAUGGAGCACUAUCAUGAGCAAGAAUUCAAACAGUCAAAAGUAAAAAGAUGUAUUUUCAGUGAUGGACACCUAAGUAAUAUUAUUAUAAUAGUCCAGUUUUGUUACAAAUUAAUAUCUAAAUGCACUGAAGUUAUUAAAGGAGGGUAAUUAAUUAACAAUUACCACUUACACAUGCACGAGGUUGCAAUGUCAAAUUUAAAAAGUCUGGCAGGUUUCAAAAUUCUUUUUUCAUGUCUUGGACAAAAUUGGAAAACAAAAUGAUUGCAAUUUGCACUUCCUUUGACAAUCCACUCGAUAUGAUCAAUUCAGUUUUCUAGGAGCAUGCUUUGCAAAAAAUGAAGGUAUAGUUUGUCACAAUAUCAUCUAUUUAAAUAAAAUAGAUAAAUCAUAAAUAAUAAUAGCAAUAGGCUUCCAUAUGUAGAAAACUGUAAAAUAACAUUCAAAAUAUUCACCGGAGAUGUGAGACGUGAGACAGGUUGAAUUCACAUAAUGUUAGUUCCAGUUAAUCACAUUACACAGUUGAUGGACCUUAAUGUAUACUGUAUAGAUAAGUGUUAUGUUACAACAAUAAAAGAUUAUUUGGAUCAAA